AUGCCUCGCGGUCAGAAGAGCAAGCUCCGGGCCCGGGAGAAACGUCACCAGGCCCGGGAGGAGACCCAGAGUCCGAGGGGCGCCCAGGCCCAGGUCCAGGCAGCAGACUGGGAGGAGCCAGCCUCCUCCCCCGCCUCCCCACCUCCUGAGCCCGAGACUACUCCCUACAGCUACCCUGCUCUGGGCCCUCCCCAGGGGCUUGAACAGGCCCAGGCGGCAAGCCUUAUCUAUGCAGGGGUCUCAGUCCCGAGGUUCUGGGAAGGUGCCACAGGCCAUGAGAAGGCGAGUGGCAGCACCUCCAGCAGCUCCUGGGCAGCAGCCUCCAGUCAGAGCACCCGCAAAGAUCCUCUCACCAGGAAGGUAGGGUUGCUGAUACAGUUCCUGCUGGAGAAGUAUAAAGCGAAGGAGCUCAUUUUGAAGGCAAGUAUGCUGAAGUUGGUCAACAAGAAAUACAAGCAGCACUACCCCGAGAUCCUCAGGAGAGCCUCGGAGAACAUGGAGCUGGUGUUUGGGCUGGAAUUGAAGGAAGUCAAGCCGGGUGGUCACAUCUAUGCCCUGGUCCAUAAGCUGGACUUCACCAACUAUGAGAAAUUCAAAGGUAGCUGGGGGCUUCCGAAAAGCGGCCUUCUGAUGCCUCUCCUGGGUGUGAUCUACUUGAAUGGCAACUGCGCCUCUGAGGAAGAGAUCUGGGAUUUCCUGAAUAUUUUGGGGGUCUAUGAUGGGCAAAGGCAUUUGAUCUUUGGAGAGCCCAGGAAGCUCAUCACCCAAGAUCUGGUGCAGGAGCGGUACCUGAAGUAUCGGCGGAUACGUGGCAGUAACCCUCCACGCUAUGAGUUCCUGUGGGGUCCAAGAGCUCAAGCUGAAACCAACAAGAUGAAGAUUCUGGAUUUUUUGUCCAAAGUCAACGGUACCUUUCCUAGAACCUUCUCACCCCAUUAUGAAGAGGCUUUGAGAGAUGAGGAAGAGCAAUUUGAAGCCAAAGUUGUAGCCAGCCAGCAGCUGCUACCAAAGGCAAUGGCAAUGGGUGGUCCAGCGUCUAGGAGAGGGCUGAACAGAUGA